GGAAGCUGGAAGCGCUGCGGUUGGGAGGUCGGGCCGAGGUUGUGAGCGGACAGGGGGAGGAGUUGCCGCGCAGUCUCUCGCAGUUUAUCUGUUUCACAUCUCUGCCGCUCUCUGUUGUGUUUUCCGCCUCUACCGCUGAAGAUGAGCUCAGAGGUGGGGCAGCAGCAGCAGGAGAACUCUUCCAUUGAUGUGACUCAAAGUGUGGAAGAGGAUCCACCAAUAGACCAUCCCCUCUUGUAUACUGAUGCUUUGGUUGGUGAUGUGAGACCUUAUUUUAAAGGUGUGCCAACAGUAUGUUGGGGAAUUCUGUUAAUAUUUCUGCAUGUUGCUUUUGUGGCUCUGGCAUUUUCUUUGGGUUUUUUAUGUGUAACAUCAUCUGACAAUUGUAGCAAUGUCCUUGGGUCUUUCAAACCUGUGACUGUUAUAAUAAUUACAAAAGUAGUCCUUUGGACCCUGCAUGCUGUCUUUGAAUAUUACUUGCAAGCUCAGCACUCCAAAGUCAGAAACAGAGGCUAUCUGGCACUAUACCGUUCCAUAAGGCAUUUGAAACACCUGCCACUUUUCAUUCAUUCUACGGGAAAUGUAGUUAUCCUGCUUGUACUUGCAGUGCAGCUGUCUUUUGAACUGAAAGGCCUGUCGAUGUAUAUUAUUCUUGGAGUCCUGACAGUGGAGCUUUUCAUUUCUUCAGUUUGCCUCUUCAUUUACACAGUGAAGAUCACAAAGUUCAAUAGGAUGAAACCGUGUCCUGACAUCCAAGAGGAAGAGAGAAGACACAGAUAUCCUAAUCGCACUAAUAUUCGGUCAGAGACUGGAUUCAGGGACGGAUCAAACUUGGAAAACCUGGUAGAAAAGCAAGCGGACCUCAUUGAUUACUUAAAAAUGCACAAUGUGCAGUUAAGUAGAAGACUACUGGCCCUAAUAUCCCAACAAGUCCAGGACUGAGUUUCUGAAAGAAAAACUUAAAAACUAGCCAAAAAAUGAAACUUUGAAUGUUGCCAGCUGUAGGGCAAUUUCAAAUGUGGAAAGAGUUUAAAUUGGUUAAAAUGAUAGCUUGACGAUGUGUUGCUUUGGGAGUUGAGAUUUGCUACAAACGCCUAUUUUUUUCCCCAUUUCCCCAUCUGUUGUACAAUUCAAUCAUGUGGCAAAAUUAAUGUGGCAAAUUUAGCUUGCCAAACCAGUGCCAAAAGACCUUGUUGUGAACGAUAAUGUGGGAUAAUUGUACACCUGUACUGGUGAAGAUUUUCCUCUUUGCUUUUGUAAUCUUGGCCUUCAUUUGCUAUGGCAGUGUUGAAGAUGUGCAUUGUGAAAAUGACUUCCUUUAAGAAAUGUUUAAGCUAUGAAGAUAUAUAGAACAUUAAGCUGCUCUUGAGGACUAUGCUAAAUAGGCCAGAUUGAAUUUUUACUGAUAUGUUAGUCACUUCAAUACAAAGAUGUAUGAACUACUGGGCACCUAAGAAAACAGUAUUUUUCACUGACCUAAGGUGUGAUUUGAAUUCUGUGACUUGUACAAACUACAAUUGAAAUGUUAAUAGCAAUUAUAUAAAUUUUUUUCAUAAAAUUCACUGAUUAUUUUCUAA